AUGAGUUUAAUGUUGAAUGAUGAAGUGGCUUUAGGAAAUGAUGUUCGAUAUAAAAGUUUUAUUGUAGCUAUUGAAAAAGUUCUUAAACAAUUUGAAUCAUCAACGGAAUGGGCUGACCUUAUUACUAAUUUAGUCAAAGUUAAAAAAACCAUAGAAAAUUAUUCACAAUUUCAUUCAAUACCAAAACGUAUAACACUAUCAAAACGUCUUGCACAAUGUCUUCAUCCAGCAUUACCAUUCGGUGUUCAUUUAAAAACUCUUGAAGUAUAUGAAACAAUAUUUCAAAUAAUUGAUAAAUAUCAUUUACAACGUGAUAUUAUUUUAUAUUCAUAUGGAUUAUUUUCUUUAUUAUCUGAUGCUGCAUUACCUGUUAAACCUAUUUUAUUAACAUUAUAUGAAACAUAUUUUUUACCAUUAGGUGAAGCACUUAAUCCAAUAUUAACAGGAUUUUUAAUUGGAUUAUUUUCCGCAUUAGAAGAAGGUGCUGAUUAUUAUAAUAGAAUUAUUAUAUUACUUGAUAAUUUAGCAAAUCGUAUUGAUGAAUUUUAUUUUUAUACUUGUAUAUGGUCAGCUAUAAAUUUUGUUUCAAUAGUACGUUAUUCAGCAAUAACAUUUAUUUUAAAUCAUUUUGAUAAAAGAAAAAAUAUGUCAGAUCAAAUUUAUUUAAUUGGUUUAUCAAUUGAAACAAUGGUUUCUGCUGUUUGUACAUGUCUUCAUGAUAGUGGACAACCAUUAGUUCAACGUUCAAUUCUUGAUUUUCUUCUUACUUGUUUACCAUUGCAUAGAAAACUAUUAUUAAAAAUAAAUAUGGUCAAAAUAAUUAAUGGAACAUUUUAUAUUUUAUUACAACGUGAUAUGACAUUAAAUCGACGUAUUUAUACAUGGUUUCUUGGUGCAAAUCAAUUAAGUGAAAAUAUUACUAAUGAACAACAUCAAGUCAAUGAUUUAAUUGAUUCAUCAUCUUAUUUUGUUACACAUACACAAGAAAUUUUAAUAGAAUCAUUGAGAAGUUUACUUGAAUUGAUAUCUAUGAAACCAACAUUAACCAUCGUUAAAUUAGAUAAUGAUGAUAACAAACCGAUGACAAGUAUUAUUGAUUCACAUCGAUCAUCGACUUGGACAUUAACGAAAUUAAUUCGCGUACUUCUUAUUCUUAGUACGUAA